AUGGCCUGCAGUCUCCUUCGUUCUGCGUACUGCCAUCCGUCCAAUAUUUGUCGACAAUGCCUAACACAUUCACCGGCGUAUAAGGGAACUGUCACCUUCCCGCUUGGGCUGUACAUCAACGGCGAGUUUGUGGACCCUGUUGAAGGGGGAACAAUCGAUGUUAUGAAUCCACCCACUGGGAAAUUUAUUACGUCCAUUGCAGCGGGGACAAAGGCAGACAUCGACCUCGCAGCUCGUGCGGCGAAGGCCGCCUUCAAGGCGUCCUGGGGAUUCAAGACGCCUGGCGUGGAGCGCGGUAAGAUGCUCUUCAAGCUCGCGGACCUCGUGGAGCAACGUAUCGACGAAUUUGCUGCUCUUGACACGCUUACCAAUGGAAAGACGUUCAAGACGACAGCCCAUGGCGACUGCACUAGCGCCAUCGCAAUCCUCCGCUACUACGCUGGUUGGGCUGAUAAAAUCACUGGCAAGACUAUCGAAACAAACGAUAACAAAAUGACGUACACGCGGCACGAGCCUAUUGGUGUAGUGGGCCAAAUCAUUCCCUGGAACGUGCCCAUGUACUCUGUCGCGGUCAAAUCUGGACCUGCUCUCGCUACCGGGAACACUGUCGUGCUCAAGCCGUCUGAACUAACGCCACUCUCGGUGCUGCUCUUCUGCACGCUACUCGCUGACGCUGGUUUCCCGCGUGGCGUGGUGAAUGUAGUGAAUGGAUAUGGCCCUACCGCAGGCCAGGCGAUCAGUGAGCACCCGCUCAUCGGCAAGGUUGCCUUCACGGGCAGUACCCUCACUGGACGCAAAAUUAUGGAAGCUGCAGCUAAGAGUAACUUGAAGCCGGUCACGCUCGAGCUCGGUGGGAAGAGUCCAGUCAUGAUCUUCGAGGACGCGGCUUCGAGUACGCGCACCUCGCCAUGUGCGGUGGUAGACGGGCGCGGGCGAGCGCGCCCUGGGCUCGAUCCUGGGGCACGAGCUCGUCCCCAGCGAGCAGACGUGAACACUGGCAUGCAAGCAUCCACAGUUGAUGGAUCGGUGUCCCUUCCUUCUUAUCCCGCAUAUGUUGGACACCGAGUGUGCCAUGCUAUUGCCUUUCUCGGCUCUCUGCACGCUUACUGA